CCUUCUCUUGAAAACAUCUCCAAACACGAUAAGCUUUCAAAACCACAUUCCAGGAACAUUUCUAGAAGAAGUCAAGAGAACAAUUCUCAGAGAGUAGUAGUGAUUUCUGGAAUUCCCCACAACACCGAAGUCAACAGUAUUCUUGCCCAAGUCUGUGGGGGUCCUUUAGAAAGACUAGUGUACAAAGACAACAGUGCUUUGGAAUUAUUCUUCAUCUUCCCAGAGCAGGCUAACCAAUUCUACAAAUAUGUCAAUGGUUCAGGUCUCUUUAUUGUCAAUGGCAAGCCUUUGAAAGUUGAGUGGGCAGACAAAUCCAAUACUGAAGACUAUACGGGGUUGCAUUCGCCUAUCCCCAAACUGCUUAUGAAUGACGUCGUGUACUACGGUAGCAGAAGGAUUUUAAUAUUUGCCAAGUUCAUUCCGAACAAGAAACUCAAGUCUGGAACCAAGAUGUUCUAUCCUGAUCCCGAAAUCCAUUUCUCUACUGAUUUGAAUAUUGCACAAAUCAAACAGGAUUUUGCCAAAUUCGGGUCCAUUAUUGAAGUAGGACCUGUAAUUUCCAGAAAGUUGUGCUUCAGUUUGCACUUUACAGAUAUUCGUUCUGCUAUUCUAGCCAAGCUGGAAUGUGAAUUAGAAGGCUCUGCCAUUCAUCAAAAGUAUGGCUCUUGGAUAAUUUGGUACGGCAGGGAUACAACUGACAAACCAUGCUAUGUAAUCUAA